GGAGCAGAAGAGCGCUGUGCACCUGGGAGCGUGGGAAGCGACUGCCUGAGAGCAGGCUGUGUCCUGCUGGAUCCUCUCCUGCCACCCCAGCCUGGACAUCGCCAAAGCCGUGCCUGCAGAGAGGCAGCCCGGAGAGGCUGGGGAGCAGCAGCAUGCAGCCAGAAGAGGGUACAGGCUGGCUGCUGGAGCUGCUGUCCGAGGUGCAGCUGCAGCAGUACUUCCUGCGGCUCCGCGACGACCUCAAUGUGACCCGCCUGUCGCACUUUGAGUAUGUCAAGAACGAGGACCUGGAGAAGAUUGGCAUGGGCCGGCCUGGCCAGCGGCGGCUGUGGGAGGCUGUGAAGAGGAGAAAGGCCAUGUGCAAGCGCAAGUCCUGGAUGAGCAAGGUGUUCAGUGGAAAGCGGCUGGAGGCUGAGUUCCCCCCUCAUCACUCUCAGAGCACCUUCCCGAAGACCUCGCCCACCCCUGGUGGCCCCGCAGGGGAGGGGCCCCUGCAGAGCCUCACCUGCCUCAUUGGGGAGAAGGACCUGCGUCUCUUCGAGAAGCUCGGAGAUGGCUCCUUCGGCGUGGUGCGCAGGGGCGAGUGGGACGCCCCCUCGGGGAAGACGGUGAGUGUGGCUGUGAAGUGCCUGAAGCCCGAUGUGCUGAGCCAGCCGGAGGCCAUGGACGACUUCAUCCGGGAAGUCAAUGCCAUGCACUCGCUUGACCACCGAAACCUCAUUCGCCUCUAUGGUGUGGUGCUCACGCCACCCAUGAAGAUGGUGACAGAGCUGGCGCCUCUGGGAUCGUUGUUGGACCGGCUUCGCAAGCACCAGGGCCACUUCCUUCUGGGGACUCUGAGCCGCUAUGCUGUGCAGGUGGCUGAGGGCAUGGGCUACCUGGAAUCCAAGCGCUUUAUUCACCGGGACCUGGCUGCCCGCAACCUGCUGUUGGCCACACGCGACCUGGUCAAGAUUGGGGACUUCGGGCUGAUGCGAGCACUACCCCAGAAUGACGACCACUAUGUCAUGCAGGAGCAUCGCAAGGUGCCCUUUGCCUGGUGUGCCCCUGAGAGCCUGAAGACACGCACCUUCUCCCAUGCCAGCGACACCUGGAUGUUUGGGGUCACGCUGUGGGAGAUGUUCACCUACGGCCAGGAGCCCUGGAUUGGCCUUAAUGGCAGUCAGAUCCUGCAUAAGAUCGACAAGGAAGGGGAGCGUCUUCCCCGGCCCGAGGACUGCCCCCAAGACAUCUACAAUGUCAUGGUCCAGUGCUGGGCUCACAAACCGGAGGACAGGCCCACCUUCGUGGCCCUGAGGGACUUCCUGCUGGAGGCCCAGCCCACCGACAUGCGGGCCCUUCAGGACUUUGAGGAGCCAGACAAGCUGCACAUCCAGAUGAACGAUGUCAUCACCGUCAUCGAGGGGAGGGCUGAGAAUUACUGGUGGCGCGGGCAGAACACACGGACGCUGUGUGUGGGGCCCUUCCCCCGAAACGUGGUGACCUCCGUGGCUGGCCUGUCGGCCCACGACAUCAGCCAGCCCCUGCAGAACAGCUUCAUUCACACGGGGCAUGGCGACAGCGACCCCCGCCACUGCUGGGGCUUCCCCGACAAGAUCGAUGAACUGUAUCUGGGAAACCCUAUGGACCCUCCCGACCUGCUGAGCGUGGAACUGAGCACCUCCCGCCCCACCCAGCAUCUGGGAAGGGUGAAAAGGGAGCCUCCACCUCGCCCACCUCAGCCUGCCAUCUUCACUCAGAAACCAACCUAUGACCCUGUGAGCGAGGACCAAGACCCCUUGUCCAGCGACUUCAAGAGGCCGGCUGUGAGGAAGCCGGGCUUGCCCCGUGGGCUGUGGCUGACCAAGCCCUCGGCCCGGGUGUCAGGCACCAAGACCGGCCGCGGGGGCAGCGGCGCCGAGGUCACGCUCAUUGACUUCGGCGAGGAGCCGGUGGUCCCGUCCCCACGGCCCUGCACGCCCUCGCUGGCGCAGCUGGCCAUGGAUGCCUGCUCCCUGUUGGACAAGACACCCCCGCAGAGCCCCACGCGGGCGCUGCCCCGGCCCCUGCACCCCACGCCCGUGGUGGACUGGGAUGCCCGCCCAUUGCCGCCGCCGCCCGCCUACGACGAUGUGGCCCAGGACGAGGACGACUUCGAAGUCUGCUCCAUCAACGGCACCCUGGUGGGCGCAGGGGUCUCUCCUGGGCCCGGCCAGGGUGAGACGAAUUACGGCUUCGUGCCCGAGCAGGCGCGGCUCCUGGCGCCCCUGGAGGACAACCUGUUCCUCCCUCCGCAGGGCGGCAGCAAGCCGCCCAGCUCGGCCCAGACCGCGGAGAUCUUCCAGGCUCUGCAGCAGGAGUGCAUGCUGAGGCUGCAGGUCCCCGCCAGCUCGCUGGCCCUCUCACCCAGCCCAGGGGGCGAUGACAAGCCCCAGGUGCCCCCCCGGGUGCCCAUCCCCCCGAGGCCCACGCGCCCACGCGGGGAGCUGUCUCCAGCCCCCUCGGGUGAGGAGGAGACGGGGUGGUGGCCUGGACCUGCUUCCCCUCCCCGGGUGCCUCCCCGGGAGCCCCUGUCCCCUCAAGGCUCAAGGACCCCCAGCCCCCUAGUGCCACGUGGCAGCUCCCCGCUGCCACCCCGGCUCUCCAGUUCACCUGGGAAGGCCAUGCCCACCACCCAGAGCUUUGCCUCAGACCCCAAGUACGCCACCCCCCAGGUGAUCCAGGCACCUGGCCCACGGGCUGGUCCCUGCAUCCUGCCCAUCGUCCGCGACGGCAAGAAGGUCAGCAGUACCCACUACUACCUGCUGCCUGAGCGCCCGCCCUACCUGGAGCGCUACCAGCGCUUCCUGCGUGAGGCACAGAGCCCCGAAGGACCCGCCCCCUUGCCUGUGCCCCUGCUGCCCCCACCCAGCACUCCAGCCCCUGCUGCCCCCACUGCCACUGUUCGACCCAUGCCCCAGGCUGCCCCAGACCCCAAGGCCAACUUCUCCACCAACAACAGCAAUCCAGGGGUCCGGCCGCCAGCCCCGAGGGCCACCGCUUGGCUGUCACAGAGGGGCUGCCCGGGGGACGGGCCAGAGGCUGUACGGCCCACAGAGAAGAUCCAGAUGCUGCAGGCCAUGGUGCAUGGGGUGACCACAGAGGAGUGCCAGGCGGCCCUGCAGAGCCACAGCUGGAACGUGCAAAGGGCUGCCCAGUAUCUGAAGGUGGAGCAGCUUUUUGGGUUGGGUCUGCGGCCGCGAGGCGAGUGCCACAAAGUGCUGGAGAUGUUUGACUGGAACCUGGAGCAAGCCGGCUGCCACCUCCUGGGCUCCUGUGGCCCUGCCCACCACAAGCGCUGAGCUGUCUGGAGAGCCAGGAGAUCUGCCCUGAAGGAAUCACUUGAGCCUGUCCGUCUGACAAGGGUGGGAAGAUGCCCAUCCCAGGCCUGGAGAACCUGCGGACACCCACGGGCAGAGCGAGGCUAAGGCAGCAGGAGGCUGGGAGCCCCGCCUUGCCUGUCCCUCCCUCACCCAGCACCAUCCCAGCAACUUCGGUUCAGCCCACAGGGCCCCAAGCCAAGGUGCAAGAAGUUGCCCGUGAAGGCUAUCAUGGCCGUGGCCUCAGCAGGCCUGCGGCUGACGUGCCUCUGGUUGCAUCCACCCUGGUAGGGCUGCCGCUGGAGUGUGUCCCCAAGACCUGCCAAGGGGAAAGCCAGGCUUGACCUUGGGCGGGGAGGAUGUGUUGGCCACACUGAAAGGUGGACGAGCACGCGGCUGGGCCCUUCUCCAGAGAGCCCCUGGGUUCUGGGGUGUCGGACAGGAUGUAACUGGGGCCUCACCGUAGACAGUGUUUUGGGACUUGGCUGCUCUCGGGAUCUUGUGCCUGGAAAUAGCCUGAAGUGGCCCAGGAAGCAGAGCAUUGGUGCCAGGAGUUCUCUGGCCGGGACCAGGGCCCAAGGCCCAGGUUGGAAGGAGACCAAAGGGGUAGCUUCCCUGGAGGGAUACUAGAGCUUCCUCGGAUCCAGCUCUUCCCCUGUGCUGUUCCGUUUUCCCACCGGUCUCUGUCGCCAAAGCUGCUGCCCCAGCUAUGGAUACCUGCUUCUUCCAGAGAAAUAAAAUUAGUUUCUAUUUUAUGUUA